UGUAGGAAUUUCUGAAGGCUUGUGAAAUGUGUUUUUCUCUGCGUUUCUGGGAGGGCUGUGGGCUGCCAUUUGAAUAAGCCAGUUAUAAAGGACACCAGAAUUUCACAAAGCUGAUUUCGGCUGCCACUUUCCAUCCAGAUCAGACACAAAUAACUGCAGUGAUUCUGGGUUUUCCCAUUUUCUGAUGUUUCCCCAGACCACAGCAGCCCCCGUAGUCCAUGCAUUAAUAAGUCACUUUAUUUGUUUCUCUGUUUUGCAUAUACAAAAUGUGACAGCUUGUUCAAUUGGAUCAAUCGCACGCGGCCUCUCUUUCAACUUCUUGACUCCAGUCAUUGUGCUCAUGUGCUGAGGAUUUAAUUAACAUGUUUAAUGUUGUUCCAUGUACAAUUUAUGCCUUACAAUUGCUUAUGUUUUUAAAAUGUUGUUAUAAAAUUCCACCAGCAUUUACUUUAAUGUUGUUUUGUAAUGUCAAUAAUAAGACAGCAGAUUAGAAAUAACCCUUUAUUUUUUCCCUUUUAUUCAGGAAACCGACCUCACUGCUGUUCUGAAUGUGGCAAACGAUUCUAUCACAGGAAGAAUCUUAAGAGACAUGCACAAAUUCACACGGGAGAGAAGCCGUAUUGCUGUGAUGAAUGUGGCAAACGAUUCACACGAAUCACCAGUCUACAGAUGCACUCAAAAAUUCACACUGGGGAGAAGCCUUAUUGCUGUUCUGAAUGUGGAAGACAGUUCUCAGAAAAAGCCACUCUUUGCAGGCACAAAAAAAAUCAUAUGGAAAAGAAGCCAUAUCGCUGUUUGGAAUGUGGCAAACAAUUUUGUGAGAAGAGCAUCCUUUGGAAACACACUCGAAUCCACACUGGAGAGAAGUCGUACUUCUGUUUGGAAUGUGGCAAAGGAUUCCAACGAACUAACAGUCUUAAAUACCACAUUAGAAUUCACACUGGAGAGAAACCAUAUCGCUGUUCAGAAUGUGGCAAAAAAUUCUCUCAGAUGAGUCAUCUUAGGAGACACAUAAGAGUUCACACAGGAGAGAAGCUGUAUGGCUGUUCCAAAUGUGGUAAACGGUUCUCGCGAACUGCCAAUCUACAGCGACAUAAAAAAAUGCACAUAGAAGAGAAGCCGUAUUGUUGUUCUGAAUGUGGUAAACAAUUCACGCGAAUCACCAAUCUACAAAGACAUAAAAAAAGUCACACAGAAGAAAAGCCAUAUGGCUGUUCUGAAUGUGGCAAACAGUUCACACGGAGUACUAGUCUUCUUAAUCACAGAAAAAUUCACACGGGAGAGAAGCCGUAUUGCUGUUCUGAAUGUGGCAAACAAUUUUGUGACCGGAGUACUCUUCGAAGACACACUCGAAUCCACACUGGAGAAAAGCCAUAUAGCUGUUUGGAAUGUGGCAAAGGAUUCUCUCGAUCUAACAGUCUUAAACGCCACACUAGAACCCACACUGAAGAGAAGCCACAUUGCUGUUCAGAAUGUGGCAAACAAUUUUCUCAGAGCAGUAAUCUUAGGAGACACUUAAGAGUUCACACGGGAGAGAAGCUGCAUUGCUGUUCUGAAUGUGGCAAAGUAUUUUUAGAAAAUAGCCAUCUUCAGAGGCACAAAGCAAUUCACUUGUCAGAGAAGCCGUAUUGCUGUUCUGAAUGUGGCAAACAGUUCUGUGACAGAAGUAGUCUUAAGAGACACAUUAGAAUCCACACUGGAGAGAAGCCAUAUUGCUGUUUGGAAUGUGGCAAACGAUUCACACGAACUACCAGUCUUCAGUGUCACAUAAAAACUCACACCGGAGAAAACUUGUAUGGCUGUUCAGAAUGUGGCAAAAAAUUCACAAAAAGGUGCAGUAUUUUGAGACAUACAAAGAUUCAUAACCAAGAGAAGCUGCAUUGCUGUUCUGAAUGUGGCAGAACAUUUUUGGAGAAGAGGUAUCUUGAGAUCCACAAGAGAAUGCACACUGGAGACAAUCCUUAUGGGUGUUCCGAGUGUGGUAAACGAUUUUCACGUAUUUUUAGUCUUAACAGACACAGUAGACUUCACAAAGGAGAACCAAGGGACAAGAGGAGAAAAAAUGAAGAUCCUGCACAGAAAAGUGACACAGAUGAAGUGAGAUAACAAAGUCUUAGCUGAAAUACAGCAGUUGAAAUUGCAGUAUUCAGAAUUUUAACAGAAACACGAAAGGAAAGAAGAUAUAAACAGAAAUGCAAAGGAGGAGUUCAGAUCUGAUCAUCUGAGAAUACUUUUAAGACUUUUUCAUUGGACCUUUUAAAGUAAACUCUUCCACCAGAAUUUUCAGAACAGAUGCAAGUACUCAAGAUUCACUGUGAGAGCAGAGAUACCAGAAGAUAAGAAGAUCACAGGACCCCAAGUGUAGCCAGAGAGGUAAAGAUCAUAACUGGAAAAUCAAAAUAAUACCGAGCACCAAGUUAAGUGGAAAACUGAAUACUAAGUGCUUUAAAAAAUGAGCCUCAACCCCAAACAAACCUGUCUACUUGUUAUAUAAACUAAACAACCACUAAACUGCAAUAUUUGUUUUAUGUAUCCACCAAAGUGAUCAUUUUGUGUCUGUUCCACCAUAUUUAUACAUUAGCUGUUUUGUUUCAUUACUGAUGCAAUGAA